GUCAGUCGAGUCCGACAAGCGUGCGGGCAAGGUCGCUAGAUAGACCGCAUGCAACUUUUCUGAUUGAAAAAUUCAACAGUUUUCACGUUGGCCUGUCGAAGAAAAAGCCAAAUUGUUUAAGCAUAACAUUUCGUGUCGAUAAACUUGUGUGUGUUUCGAGACUCUUUUGAUCGUAAAUGUUCGUUCCGAGUGCGUCACUGUCGGAUGCAAGAUGAUGGCGACCAGCAGUUGUGACGGCAGUGUCAUGCAUUCAUGGAAGGAUUUAGUGAAAGUGAAUGGCAGUUUUUACUGCAACUUGUCAAGUGCCGAAAACGAAUUAGAACCACCGUCGCCCCCACCGUCGCCACCACCGUCGCCACCGCCAUCGCCCCCAUUAACACAAACAUUUAGCGCAACAGAGCUGGCCACGUUUCAUCACCACCAUACCAACUGGAUGACUAAGAAUGAGCCGAUUUAUGUCAACAGUCAUUCCAACGUUCACUUGUCUAACGGCAGCAAUCGAACCAUUUUGCGCAUUGGCGACCAAAUAAUCCGCCAACCGUCGCCGGUCGAUGUGGAAUCGUCCGAUUUUUCCACUUCAUCCGGAGCAUCUUGUCACACCAUCAAAUUGGUGAUUGGCGAGCCGUUGAGUUUGGACACGUCCGAGUAUGUCUCGUGGGACGGAAGCCAAACUGAGGCCCAGUCAGCAGCCAGUGCUGACGACGACGACGAUGAAGAUGAAGAAGAAGAAGAAGAUAGCGGAUCGGAUGAAGUUCAUCUUCCGGACGAUUGCCGGCCGCUUCUUCCGCCAACGUCGCCCCUUCGACCGCACUCGGCCAUCGACGACGAGUUGACUCAUUCCUGCUGCCGGUUCUUUGACCAGCGUCAACAGAAACUUUCCUCCUCUUUUGUCUCCACUACGUGGAACCCGGCGAUCACGCCGGAAGCUGCCACUUUGGAUGCCGCUGAAUCGGCCGUCAAAUCCCCAGUCCCCGGGCUCAACGCCAAGAUGGAGCACCUGCGCAUGGAAAUCGUGUCUUUGGUGAACCAAGACGACGCUCUGUUCCGUCAACUGCUGGCGCUCAACACUUCGAUCCACCAACUGCGGAGCCAGUCGCUGCAGCGUCGGGCUCGGACCUUGUCCAGCAACCGCUCGCGGAGUCAACUCUCCCCGACGCUGAGUGCCUCUCUGGCCUCUCUGACCUCGCUGACGUCCUUGUCAGAUGGAGAGGACGCUGAAGUGGAAGGCGAUGACAGCGAACCGGACCCGAAAAAUGUUAUCAUCGGAGCUGGACAGUCGGUGACGCAACGUCAAACCAUCACCGUCGUCGGCCAGACUGCAUCAAACAACAACAAACCGGUUGCUCCGCAACAACAAACGCAGCUGACUCGAAAACGGGUGUCUUAUCCACCGAAAUCACGGAACAGGAGCAACUCGCAGCUUUCCCGCUGCUCGUUCAACUCGUCAUCUUCAUCCUCGUCGUCGUCAUCAUCGACUUCAUCCUCCUCGGGCGGAUCGCCGACCUGGUCCUUGUCCAGCGCCGACGCCAAGGCGAUCGUCAAGGGCGUCAAAACGCCCCGCUCGCCGCACUCGAGCUUUUAUUCGCGAUCGCCGACCAAGAAUCCGCAGCUGUCGACUAAUAACAAGCAACGGUCGUCGGCCAACAAUAAGCACGCCGACCUCCUGAUGGUGUUCCACAAGCGCCAGGGCUCCUACGAUUCCGGCUGUCAAGGCUCGGAGCCGUCGGACGCUGAAGUCUUUGUCUGACGGCCGAUAAUGGGCGACGGCUCCACUGUGACUGUGCAGCGUAAAUUAUAGAUCGUCGCUCGUCGCCCCACAUAUCCCAUUUUUGUUGACGACGCUUUCUUCGCCGGGAAGAAGGCCGAGUGAGAGGACAACAACAAAAAAAGAAAACAGAAAAUAAGAAAACAUGACGUUUCUCCAUGUUGAAUGAAAAGUGCCGUUUUUCAUAUGUAACAUUUGUGUCAGAUGAGAAAAUUGAGAUCGAGUGAGCCGUACAUGCUCUCCCAUCUGGUGUCGAUUCGAACGCGUCCCAAUUGCAGACUGGAGAUGUUGAGAUAUCCCCCCCAAAAAGGACCAGCCACCCACUGGUAGACCUUGCGUUUUUUUGGCGAAUGGAGCGUGCGUAGGUGUCUUCGUUAAAGGCAAGGCCCAUCAGGAGCCGCACCUCCUCUCAUUUCUUUUUUUUUUUUUGUGUACGUUGGAAACAACUUAACCCAGAUUGCUGAUUGGGAUAACAUCACAAACCGGCACGAUCGCCCGUUUAUUUACUCUUAGCCUAUGCUCUAUACCGACAACAGUCUGUCCGACUGGCAUUGAUUGGACACCGUCGCCUCUCCUUCUUUUCUUAUAUAUUCUAUUAUAUUUCUUCCCGGCGAACCCUCCUCCUUUUCAUCCGCGCUAUUAUUUCCAGAGUCAAAAACUGUACAGUUAUUUACCGCCGUUUGGGGGCUGGUUGCAUCGUGCGCCAAGCCAGCUGCACGGAGUUUAGAAAGAAAACAAAAUAUUGUAUCUGUAGAUGAAAACGAGGCAAAACCCACAAAUGUGGGUCAUGUUUCGCCGAGGCAAUUAAGCAGUUUGUUCUUCAAAAAGAUUUAACAGAAAAAAAAAUGAGGUCCCUUAUUUUCAUCUUGAUGUUUAAAAGAAUUAAAUUCCAUUUUGUUUUCUUUCUUAGAUGAAAUAAAAACUAUUUACUAUAAAGGUAUGGAUGUGGUCCUCUGUGACUCGACUUAAUGAAUAGCAUUGAAUUAGUCGAAUUUUAUUCAUUCGUGUACAGCAAUUCUACAUUUCAACAUGUUCCCUCUGUGUGUCCGUGCUGUGUGUGAUGCGACCAGCUCCCGAGUUCAUUCGUUAAGAGCUUUUUAAAAAAUGUUGCGGCCAGAAAUAUUAUAUGGUUAUAUCACUUGGACGAAAUAUGUAACUGGACAUUUGGCUAGUAAGGGAACGGGUUUUUUUUUUCUUUCUUCUUUCUUUGCUCUAUUGUUCUUUUUUUAUUAUUUUAUCCGUGUAGACGCGAACGGUUGGUAUUAGCUCAUCAUAAAUAUUUUUAUUUUUUAUUGCCCGUUUUCUGUCCCUACCAAAACAAGGGCCUCGUUCCUCGUUAAAUAUGGGGGGAUUUAAGGCGUGAUGAUAAUCAAUACAGCAAAGUCAUCGUCGAUUAAGGGGUGCAAGAUAAUCAUUGAUGAGAGGUGACUUGUACAAAGCGUAAAUUAUAAUCAGAAAUCAACCCAGUAUACUGCUUGAAAUCUUUUUGAUGGGUGAUGAUUCCAGGGCCUUCUUCUUCUCAAGAAUUCCUUUCCUUUGCGGCUCGCUCCAAUCGGCUCAGGAGAACCGGAAUGAAUGCUCCUCACUCUCUGCGUUACAUCUUUUCAUUUUAUUUUAUUUUAUUUUUUUUUUCGUUAUUUUGUAAGUCAUCGCUCACUCGCAAAAUUCCUAGACCAAUUCAUCAUCUGUCCUUCUCUUCUUCUUCUACCUCCUUCAUCACCGGUUCGAUUCACGCCUUGUCGACUUCGUCAGAAACAAUCCGAUCGUGAAUUUUCCUCAUUCAUCAAUGGCAAUGGGUGGGACGAUACCGGAGAUUCGCUCGUGAGUCUUGCCGACCUCCUUAUUUUUGCCUUUCCUUUUUUUUUUAAACUUUGAUCUUAUCCCAAUUCAUCCUCCCCUAUCUCUCUAAUGGUAAAAAAAAAAAAAAUGAAAUGAAAAUAGAAUAAAAAAAAAAAAAGGAACAAAUCUUUGUAUAUCUGCGUGAUCUCGGACGAUUAAAGAACGAAACAGCACACCCUGUGCAUGAUGAAUAUGUACGCGCCGUGGAAUAAAAAAAAAUCAAAUAAUAGACAAAA